UGUUCCUAGAAUAUGGUGAGGCACUACGUUCCAAGAAUUAGCAAUUUAUAUUUUGUUUACUAACACUCGUAUUGCUGAAACGACGUGGGUAAUAGCUCUGUAAUUUUAAUUUAGAUAUAUCUGAAAUAUUAGGCACAGUUUUCAUUUUUUAUUAAAUUUCUUCCUUUCAUCAUUUUUUGUUACACUCAGAAUGGAAAAAAAGGAAUCAUUUAUUCAAGAUUCAAAUUUUAUGAUGCUAACUGAGAAUUUAUAUAAGCUUCUCAUUCAUUUUCUAAAAAGUGAUUGUAAAAUUGUUCCUAAGGAAGGUGAACUUUUCGAUAUGCUUCCCUCAUUUCGUGAAGGUGCUAGGAAUGGUUAUACUGAGCUUAAAGAAAAGUUCAAGGCAUGGGCAAAACGUAUGUUUGUAGAAAAUGGUGAUCUCAAACUGAAGAAAAGCGGAAAAGUCAUCAUACCUAUAGAAAAAUGUGACAAUGUGAUAAUGUUUUUGCAUUCAGAAGAUCAUGUUCCAGUUGGCACAGUUGUUAAAAAGAUUCAGAAAAAAUACACCUGGGGUCUGAGAAAUUUUGGAAUGGAUCUCAAUACUGUGCAGGACUGCAUUAUUCGCAACUGCACAGAGGAAAUUUGCAAGAAGAAAAUAAGAAACUUAUCUGAGCUUACGAAAAUAAAAGUGGAAACAUCAUUAAAACAUGGGGACCAUUCGUUCCAUCAAAAUUCUUCUACAACAAAGAACUCUGACAUUGCUAUAACUCGAUAUUCCCUACGAUCGAGUUGUAAUAUGAAAGAAAUGUCAUUUUUAGAAGAAUAUAUAAAGAUUUGGGAUGUGAACGGCUCUAAAUUUGCAGUAAAUGAAUCGUACACUCCUGUGAACGACCAACAAACCGAAAGAGAAUGAUUGUUGUUAUUUAAACAAAUAUCUUUUUCCAUUUCCAGUUAAAAAAUAUAGACCAAAAGAUAACUAUGACCUGAAGAAAUUAAUCGAAACAGCUGAACAACAUCCAAUGGAAUUUCCCCUGAUUUUGCUGGAAGAAAAAACGAAAUUUUUGAGUUUAUUUUCUUUAGCACCUAAAGAAAUAUCUUUUAACGAAACAAUAAAAUCUGAAGAACUACUAAGUUCGAGCAAUGAUCCCCAUUCUUUACAUGAAAAUAUGAGCAGUAUUUUAAAUGAACAAACAAGAAGCAUUUCAGAAUUUCAAAGAACAAUUUCAAAAGGUCAAAACAAUUUAGUAUUCAAAGAACCAAAAAAUAUUUAUGAAAUGACAUCAUUAAUAACAGCAGCAGAGCAUUCUACCCAUUUUACACCUAUUUUAGUGGACGGAAAAACUAAAUUCUUCUGUUCAUUAGGAUUAGCACCAACAGCAAUAUACAGUAAUCAUACGAUUACGAAAUUUCGCGAAGAAUUGGGGCUAUACAAUGGGACAAAUUCAAAAGAAGAAAUGACAUUUUUAAAGAAACAAGAAGAUAAAUCAUUGACGAAGCAUAAAAAUCCGAAAAAAAGCCAACAAAAGAAUACAUCCACAGAAACACAAGAAUGGAUAUCUAUUGAAGAACCAGAGAGUACAGUGCUAAAAAGCAAAUUUGAAUCCAAUUCAAAACAACUGCGUGACAGAAAAGAACUUCGAACUGAAAACAUUGAACAGAAGUUAAAAACACAACAAAUUUCAGUCCAAAAUACAUCAAGAUUAAAAGUUCACUAUUCAUCAAAUUUUCGCAAAUUUUCGAAACAGAUUGAAUCCAAAAAUUUUGCAUCUACUACAAAAAUUGUUUCGAAUCAAAAAGGUACAGGAAAAGAAUUUGUAACUACAGGAAAAAAGAAGCAGAAAAGCAAAAUGUAUACGAAAGAAAGGGAAAUUCAGAAUCCUCGUGUUAUUCUUGAUAAAUCGCACAUCUCAAAAAUUGAUUUGAUUUCAUAUGCACAAGUCAAUGGUAUAGAAGCAAACUAUGGAGAUUCUAAAAGUUGUUCUAAAAGGUCUGUAGGAGAUAAUACAAGAGCACAGAGAUGCAGUGGAAGAAGAAAUACUUGUAUCGAAUAUUUACAUUGUGAAGCGAAUUCCCCUAUUAUAGAUUCACAAAGAAUUAGAAAAUCAACUAAAAAUGUUAAUAAAGACUAUUUUAAGCCAACGCGUUUUUCUCUUAACGAGCAAGAUAUUUCCGAUGUAUGUAAUUUAAAAUCGAAUACCUUGCUAAAAUCUUCCACUGCAGUAAGUGAUGUGAACGAAUCAGUUAAGUCUUCUGAAUUGUAUAAGCUCCUUACUGAUCUACACGACACACAUGAUCAAAUAUCCCGUAAAAAUCUGAAUUCAUAUUUUGAAUAUCUCAAUAACGAUUGGAACGAAAAAUCAUUCUCAGAGCAAGUUGGAUCUUCUUCCUUAGAGCAUAAUUCUCUGCAUGAUAAAGAAUAUUUGGAGUUUGGGAAAGAAGUAUAUAGUGAUAUGGAAUUUUCAAACUGUGAUAAGCAUGAAAAGUCGUCUGAGCCAAGUGACUCAAAACAGUGCCCAGAUGAUUUAAAUAAAUCAGUUGAAUUGACAUUAGGGCAAGCUAAUGAACCUGGAAAAUGUGCACAAUUGAGAUCAAGCGUAAAAGAUGUAGAACUGGAAACAUUUAAGAAAAAAGAUGUUUUUCAUGAACCAAAGCCGAGAAAUGAGAACUCGGAGCAAAUACCUAAAUUGACGAAUGAUAAAAAAAUACAUAAAGACGCAGAAAAUGAUUUUAAUGAUCCAAAAGUUUCACAUGAAGAUAAAGAGAAGGACAUGAAUCUGAAGAUUAAAAUAAAAUUUCCUCCUCCCAAAGAGACCUUGAGACAUAGGAAGAAAGCUACUGGUAAGAGAAACCGAAAAAAAGUUAUGAAAACUCUUCAUCGGAUAACGAACUGGAUUCUCAGGAUGAAAAAGAAAUUCAAAGUAAUUACUCGCAAUAAUAAAGAAGAACACAAUAUUUUACUCAGUGAAUUCGACUUUGGACUAUAUCUGGUAAAAGUGGCCGAAGAGGCAAUGCUAGAAAUGAUACCAAACGAAAUACAAGAUUAUGCAGACAUCAGGUGCUCUCCAGGAGUGAAGUAACUGGAACAUUUGGAAGAAGCAUCCUAUGAGCAUUUUGAAUCAUAGUCUAAAUUUGGACCACUAUGAUUAUGAUUAAAAGAUCCCGGUGUCUGCAUAUUGCUUUUGUUACUAUAUUCCAAACUACUUCAUAAUUUUAGAUGUUUACAGUGAUAAUAUUGGUUUGUUCGUUGUAGUUUAAAAAAUAAAUUUCACUA